AUGGCACCAACAGUUACUUCAAUGGAGGCAUCUAAUGGCCAUGAAGUACCCAAAGUAGCAAGCAUCAAAACACUAGCUGACUCAGCUUCCUUCACUUUUGUACCUUCUGAGUACACCUAUACCAAAAAUCCUAAUGAACAAGGCGAUGCAAACGACCCGGAGCAUUCAAUCCCCAUCAUUGAUUUUGCCCUUCUCACGUCGGGAUCUCCUGAUCAACGAGCAAAAGUGAUCCAGGAGCUGCGCAGAGCUUGCGAGGAAUGGGGCUUCUUCCAGGUGACCAACCACGGUGUACCAGAGAAUCUGAUGCAAUCAAUGAUCGACGCGUGUCAUAGAUUCUUUGAUCUGCCGGAGGAGGAGAAGAAGGAGUUCCAAACAAGGAACCUGUUGGAUCCAAUCAAGUGCGGCACCAGCUUCAACGUCGACAUUGAAAAAGUUCAUCUCUGGAGGGAUUUCCUCAAGGUCAUAGCCCACCCUGAGUUCAACUCACUCUACAAACCUGCUGGAUACAGCGAGGUUUCACUGGAGUUCAGCAAACGAACCCGAGAAGUAGCCACAGAAAUAUUGAAGGGAAUAUCAGAGAGCUUAGGGUUGGAGGCUGACUACAUAGCAAAGGCCAUGAACUGGGACCGUGGCUUACAAAUUCUGGCAGCGAAUUACUACCCGGCGUGCCCACAGCCUGAUAAAGCCAUCGGCAUUCCUCCUCAUACCGAUCACGGACUGGUGACCCUCCUCAUCCAGAAUGAGAUGGGUGGCCUUGAAGUCAAGCACAAAGACCAAUGGGUGUUGGUGAAUGCUGCUCCCCGGAGCUUUUGUUGUUAA